AUGCUCAGCAAGACGCGCGCCGAGGAGGGCGGCAUCAAGACCGUCACCCUCGCCCGCGGCACCUACAGCGGCCUGAGCCCCCCCGGGCCCGCCGCCCUGUCCAGCGGCCGCACCUCGGCCCGCUCGAGCAUGCCGCCGACGUGCUCCCCCGAGGCGCGCGAGAGGAGCGACCCCCUGCGCCUGCUGGGCUCCGUCGGCAUCGUCGAGCUGCUGGAGCAGGACACGCGCCCGACCUUCAUCGUCGACAUGGACGACUUCACAAAUUAUGCCCCCGAGUCGCCGGGCCUGCAGAUCCUCUUCGCCAACAACGCCCUGCGCUCGAGCCCCGCCAUCUGGGACACCGUCACGGGGAAGCCGCCAGACGACGCCGUCGACGACGCCCUGGCACGUGCUACGGACCAGUUCCGCGGCUGGCUGCUGAGCACCGUGCUGCAGGGUGACCUUGUGCACGCCAACCCCGCGCCCGUCGAGCACGGUGGCCUGGUGUGGUCGUGCUAUACCCUGCGAAAGCGUCUCCGCGUGUGCUGCGCCGACGCCCAGUCCCAUGCUGCAGGCGUCCCAUCCACAAGCGCGUCCAACGACUUCGCCAUACCCUCGAGCUCGUCACUCGCCCUCGCUUCCGCCAACACCAUGGACACGACGCUUUCUGCGCAGAGAAGCGAGCCGCAGGACUACUUUGGUAGCACCAGUACUAGCUCCGUGCCUUCUGUUGCAGAAGUCCAACCCACGCCUCCAACCGCUCAAUCUCAGCACACCGCCGAGCAAACCACCAAUACAUCCAGCAAUGCCAGCGCCCUCGGCAUCUUCAACAAACCUUCCAGUUUAAAUGUCUUGUCAGUCGAAGAAUCACUAUCCUUUACCAAUGAGUGCGUGCUCAGUGCUCACGCUGCUGGCGACAUUGACUCUUUUCACAGAGAAGCGAACACCACCAGCCUAGAUCACGACAUGGGUUUCUUCGAUUGGACCCGCCUAUCCUUGUCGCCCUCUUUGCCUCCUCACAUCCAAUUCGCACGCUCAGUCGACUGGGCUUCGACGCCGCUAGGUCCCAUUGAAUUCUGGUCAAACGACCUUCGCGCCAUGUGUAACCUGAUUAUGGCGAGUCCGCACCCUGCGGCCAUGUACUGGGGUGAAGAGCUAGUUGCUAUCUACAACGAGGCCUACAUUGGACUUGCGGGCCAGAAGCAUCCCACCCUCAUGGGACAGAGCUACAAAGUGGCUUGGGCAGAGAUCUGGGACGACGUCAAGGACGUCUUUGCAAACGCCCGCAUCACCGGGCAGGCCACGAUGAAAGACGACGAUUGUUUGUUCAUGAAGAGAAACGGAUUUCUUGAAGAAACGUAUUUUUCAUGGUCCAUCAUUCCCAUGGUGGGAGAGGAUGGUACCGUAAUGGGACUGUACAAUCCUGCUUUCGAGAAGACGAGGAGGAAGAUUGCCGAACGCCGGAUGCUUACCCUUCGAGAAGUCGGCGAACGGACAGCUACUGCUCGAGAUGUCAAAAGCUUUUGGGAGCAGGUUCUGCUAGCAUUGACGGAAAACGAAUUCGACACUCCAUUCGUCAUGCUGUAUUCUGUAUGCGACGAAAAUGACAGUGACGCGUCCUCUUUGCACUCUAGCAGUUUGAUUGGAGCAAAGCACUGUUACUUGGAAGGGUCGCUGGGAGUUCCCAUGGGCCACGAGGCUGCCCCUGAGAUGAUUGAUUUGAAAGAAGGACAAGAAGGCUUUGGACCUGUUUUCCGCGAGGUGAUGAAGACGGACAAACCGGCCGUCGUAGGCAUCGGGACUGCAGAUCUCCCGCAAGACAUGAUGGAAGAUCUCGAGUGGCGGGGCUUCGGAGAUGCUUGUCGGGACGUGGUCAUUUGCCCCAUCCACCCAACCACAGGCGAAACAAUACUAGGUUUCCUCGUAAUGGGCGUUAAUCCGCGACGGCCGUACGACGACGACUACAAUCUGUUCAUUCAACUUCUGAGUCGACAGCUCGGCACAUCUUUGGCCUCGGUCGUUCUUUUCGAGGAGGAGAUUCGGAGGGGCCAGAAGGCAGCCAAGCUAGCGGCGGAGGACAGAUUCAACCUUUCGGAGCAGCUUGCCGCCCGCACGCAAGAAGCUAGAGAGAGUGAGACCAGGUUCACUAGAAUGGCUGAAUACUCCCCAGCUGGUCUCUUCAUUGCGGACCACGUUGGAAGGAUAACCUAUUGCAACGACACCUGGUUCGAGAUAUCGCGUGUCCCCAAAGAGCAAGAGAAGACAGAUCGAUGGGUUGACUACGUCAAAGAGGAGGACCAAAACCUUAUCUUGGAGCACUGGAAACGGCUCGUGGACAAUGCCACACCCAUCAAUAUCGAAUUCAGAUUCAAGGCCAGUUUUGAGUUUCGAUUGGAAGACCGAAACCGCAAUAUCUCAGAUACGUGGGUCCUCUUCAGCGCAUUUCCCGAAAAGGACGAAGACGGGCAGCUCAAGAGCGUGUUUGGGAGCAUCACCAAUAUUAGUCCACAGAAGUGGGCAGAGGGAUUCCAAAAGAGAAAGAUGGAGGAAGCCGUGGAGCUCAAGCGGCAGCAAGAGAAUUUUAUCGACAUCACGAGUCACGAGAUGCGCAACCCUCUAAGCGCAAUUUUGCAGUGCGCCGACGAGAUAUCCACCAUUCUAAGCGAUUUCAGAUCUUCCGGGUCUGAGAUCGUUGAUCAGAGUGUCAUAACCGACUCUAUCGACGCAGCCCAGACUAUCGCGCUGUGCGCACAGCAUCAGAAGCGGAUCGUGGAUGAUGUUCUCACGCUGUCAAAAAUCGACAGCGCGAUGCUCAUGGUUACCCCGGUAGACGCACAGCCCUUGCAGGUAGUCCAGCGUGCUUUGAAGAUGUUCGAAGGCGAAGUGCAGACGGCCGGCAUCCAGAUGGAAUUUAUCAUCGCUGAUACGUUCAAAGAGCUUAAGGUGGACUGGGUGAAGAUUGAUCCGUCCCGCGUGCUCCAGGUUCUGAUCAACUUGACGACCAACGCUAUCAAAUUCACCACAACCGAGGAGACGCGAAUCAUCAAGGUCAUCCUAGCCGCGUCACGCAAACGACCCUCCGCCACCAGAACCCCCUGUGUCAGCUACUUCCCCAUGCGAUCGAGGCGGAUAGACCAAACACUCGGUCCCGAUUGGGGUGAGGGUGACGAGAUCUUCCUGGAAUUCGCCGUGCAAGACACGGGUCGAGGGCUCACGCCAGAGGAAAAGAAAGUCCUCUUCCAACGCUUCUCCCAGGCCAGUCCCCGCACACACGUACAAUACGGCGGCUCAGGCCUUGGUCUGUUCAUCUCGCGAGAACUGACGGAGCUGCAAGGCGGCGAGAUAGGAGUCUCGUCCGAAGCAGGAAAGGGAAGCACGUUUGCCUUUUACGUCAAAUGCCGACGAAGCAGCGAGCCAACCGAAGUCAUCGAAAGCAUACCCGCCGUAUCGCUAACACGCAAAUCCUCAAACGCAAAGGAAAAAGGCAGAAUCGACGCUCCGAAAAUCAAAGACUUUGGCGCCGCUCCCGCAAAGAUGCCCGGCAGGAAAAAACCAAAGAAAAUAGACCUCCACAUCCUCAUCGUAGAGGACAAUCUCGUCAACCAAAAAGUCCUCCAACGCCAACUCCACAACCACGGCUUCACAACCCAAGUCGCCAACCACGGCGGCGAAGCCCUCGAGCGCCUAAAAGCAUCCACAUACUGGAAAGACGCCGCCCCCAACGCAACGCAAAUCAGCGUCGUCCUCAUGGACAAGGAAAUGCCCGUCAUGGACGGCCUGCAAUGCACGAACAAGAUCCGCGAGCUGGAGAGUAAGGGUAUGCUUAGGGCCCAUGUGCCGAUUAUUGCUGUCACGGCGAAUGCGCGGAGUGAGCAGAUUGCUACGCUGUUGGGCGCGGGGAUGGACGAUGUUGUUUCGAAGCCGUUUCGUAUUGGAGAACUUAUACCGAAGAUUGAGGAGUUGGCUAGUAAACAUCGCGAUGCGUCGAAUGAUCCGCCGAAUCUGGCGGCUAUUCGGAGGGAGACUGUGGCUUGA